GAACUACAUGCACUCUAGGAAGUGAAGAGCACAUGACAUGGUGACUUGUCAAACAUGUCAUACAACCUCUCACAUCACCGGCACGUAGCAUUUUGUUAGCUUGCAAGCUUCUUUUAUCAUUUGGGUGGAUUUCGCGCGCAUGUUUCAUUGAUAUAAUUUGUGUUUGAAGUAACGGUAGAGAUGGACUCUUCAUUCCCGAGUGUUUCCGAGCUGGUGGCGGCUGCUCGGCGUUUGUACGGGCAGGUGUUCGGUGAAGAGGCUCCUCAGACGGCGGUGUGUGCUCCUGGAAGAGUCAACCUGAUAGGGGAGCACACUGACUACAACCAGGGAUUUGUACUUCCAAUGGCGCUGCCCCUGGUGACUGUAGUGGUAGGUCGUCAAACCUCAGGCCUGGAUGUUACCAUAGUAACAGCAACAGAGGAUGCUGAUGAGCCUCGGAGGGUGGACUUCAGCCUGCCCAGUGAUGGAUCGCCACUGUCUCCAGGGUUACCCACCUGGGCAAACUAUGUGAAGGGUGUUAUACAGCAUUACAGAGCUCCUCCUGUCCCAGGGUUCAGGGCGGUGAUUGCCAGCAGUGUCCCCCUGGGUGGAGGUCUGUCCAGCUCUGCCUCUCUGGAGGUGGCUUUCUACACAUUCCUGCAGCAACUGAAGCCAGAUGACGGAGACAAGGUAUCCAAAGCAGUGGCCUGUCAGAAGGCAGAACACACUCAUGCUGGUGUACCCUGUGGCAUUAUGGAUCAGUUUGUGUCUGUCCUCGGCAGAGAGGGCCAUGCUUUGCUCAUUGACUGCAGGUCCCUGGAGGCCACCCCUGUCCCUCUUUCAGAUCCAGGCCUGGUCAUUCUCAUCACCAACUCCAAUGUGAAGCACUCUCUGACCGGCAGUGAGUACCCCACGAGACGCAGACAGUGUGAGGAGGCUGCCUCCAUCCUGGGAAAGGACAGUCUUAGAGAUGCAACGAUGAAGGACCUGGAGGAGGCAAAGGACAAACUGGAUGAUGUAACCUAUCGAAGAGCUCGUCACGUGAUCGAGGAGAUAGAAAGAACUGCACAAGCUGCUGAAGCCUUGAAGAGAGGAGCCUACAAAGAGUUUGGCAAGCUGAUGGUGGAGAGCCACAACUCCCUCAGGGACCUGUAUGAGGUGAGCUGCAGGGAGCUGGAUGAGCUGGUGUCUGCAGCCAUGGAGGUGGAGGGGGUGUUUGGCAGUCGGAUGACCGGUGGAGGAUUCGGUGGAUGCACCGUCACUAUGCUGCAGGCCCACGCUAUUGACAGGACUAUACUCCACAUACAGGAGCGAUACAGCGGAACCCCAACUUUCUAUGUCACCACUCCUUCAGAGGGAGCUAGGGCUCUCAGUCUGUCCUGACCAUGUCAACACAUCUGUGCUGUGUAACCAAUUCACUCCUCUUCAUAGGCUUUUCUGUUUGAUUUUUCUUUUCAGUUUUUACUAUUAAAAUAAAAUGAUAUGCCGUUAUGCACACUGCAGCUAAUUGAAAAUCACUCCGUUUAUGAUGAAGUGCCUUCACAGUAAAACAUUGGUUUCUCUAUAAUAUUUGAUUUUGUUUGUUUGUUUCAAUCAUGCAAGACUUUAUCAUCAUCUAGAUAACUUGUAGUAGCUGUUUGUGUUAUUACGACUUAUUUACUGUGAAAAUACAGUAAAUAUACUAUGAACUAAAUCAUGUUAAAAUGUGAAAAAUUUUAAUAUGACAUUUUUCUUUAAUUUUUUUCUUAAAGGCCUAGUGUGUAAGAUUUAGGGGGGAAUGUUGGCAGCACUGGAAUAUAAGUGUUUUCUCUGGUGUAUAAUCACCUGGAAAUAAGAAUCCUUGUUUUGUUCAUGACCUUAAAAUGAGCCAUUUACAUCUACAUAGGGAGCAGGUCCUUGUUUAUGAAGAUCGCCAUGUUUCUACAGUAGCUCAGAAUGGACAAACCAAACACUGGCUCUAGAUAGGGUUAUUAGUGCUUUUGUGUCGGCCAUCGUAGUUAGCAGCCCCUCUGCGACAAACAGCAUUGGAAAACACUGAUUUGUAAUGUGACUGUGCUUCAUUCAGUGUUUAUACCGGUUUAAAUUUUAAUUAGGUCUGUUUGUUUUUGAGGGGAAGAGACCUCUGUGGAUAAUCUGACUCCCAGUAAAAACCUCCUUAAUAUCUGGAUCUUAAGUCAUAAGAGAAAAAAGGCGAGCACACACAUAAGCAUGUGGUGGGCAAGCCGCCUGUCUCUAACAUGCCAAACAGCGUUGGAGAAACACUGAUUUUGUUAAAUGAAACUGCUUUAUUCAGUGUUUUUACUGGUUUAAAUCACUGGCUCUUUUUGGUUUGGAGAAGAGGAGACCUCUGCUGAUCAUUCAGCUCCCGGUCAAAACCACCUGAAUAUCUUGAUCAGAUUAAAGUGAGCACACAUUAGGUUAUUAGGGGAAAAUGUAAGCACACAGCAUGUGGUGGGUGAGCUGCUGAUCUGCAGCCUGCUAAACAGUAUUGGAGAAACAAUGAUUUGUAACAUGAAACAACUUUAUUCAGUGUUUUUACCAGUUUAAAUCAAUUUAGGAGGAGACAUCUUUGGCUAAUUCAGCUCCCUUAAAGAACCUCCUGAACAAUAAACAGUGAAGGAAUUCUAUAACCAGAAGUUUCAGCUAGUUGCAAUCUGCAAUCCUCACCACUAGACACCACUAGAUUUCCCUAAAUCUUACACACUGGAGCCUUAAUAUUUUUAAUAUGAACAUCUUAUGUCUUCCACCUUGUUGUUAUAGUUUCAAAACACAUUUUGAGUAUGAUUUAGUCUCAGCAUUUUUAUCAACCUCAUUUCCAGCAGUAGGCAACUGUUUUCAGCAACAACAAAAAAAGCACUCCAUAAACACACUGUACGCUACCUGCUCAGCACCAGACAGCACACAGACACAGUUAGAGAUCAGCUGGUGAACAAAGUAGGGGAUUUAGCAGCUAUAAUGAACCAGACACUUUUUAUGAGUUGGUGGAGACCAAAAACAGAGCUAGAAGGGUGUUGCUCUAACAUUCAUCACAGGGACACAAACCUGUGAUGACAAUAUCGCUCAGUGUCUGUUGGAUGUAUAAAUGUCUGUGAACAAAUUAGCCAUAAUAACUUUGUAAGGCAAUAAAAUAUCAGGCCACUGUUUGUCAGCCCAAUAGUAGCCAAAAUGAAGUAUGCUUUAAAGGCCCUGCACACGCACACAGAGGUCUUUAAUUAUUCUGGCUAACUUAACCUCUGCCUGCCUGCUUGAGAAUUGCAUAUUGUCAGUAAAUUUAACAUAUAUAAAAUUUAACAUAUGUUAAAUUUCAAGUAAAACCAACAGAGAAAUUCUAAGUUGCAGGAAAUGUCACAUUAGUUAGCCAAACUUAAAUAAAUGAGUUGUUUGGAAUAUACACACAAUUUAUUUUAAUUGAAAUUACUAAAAUGUUGGAAAAUCUGUAAUUCUAAGAAUUCUAUAAGAAAUUAAGAGUACAUCUAAAGCAAAUUAUCAAGUACUCCAUUCUGUUCUUUAAUUACUUAAAUUCGAGUGUAAGUGUCCUACACUAAACCAGCAUUUGUUAGUACAUCAUACGGUACCUAUUCCAUCUUACUUAAUCAAAUAAGUACCUUGUUUUUUUAGGCAGUCAGUUUGCAUGUUUUUUUUAAAAGUAAAGUUAAGUCAUUAGAAUUUAGAAUGCACUAAAAAAAAUGAUAGUACAGCUUAUACUGAAGGUACAUUUGCCCCACCCUGACAGGUGACAACAAAACUGACAAGAGGGUCAGCAAGACGUCAGUCAAACAGUCUUAAGAAGAGGCCUAAUCAGACAGGUUAAGUGAAAAUACCUGUGAGAUGAGCCAUGGGUAUGCAGGGGCUUUAUAUUAUUUUACUGAAGUUUAGUACAAUGAAUCUGUUGUUUUCAGAUAAAUAACAUAACUACUUUUGCACUUCUCCUGCAGUUAGUUACACCGGAAGUCUUAUUUUCCAAUAUACUCCGUUAUCACAGCCCGCCCCUGUUCAAAAUCAAAUGAUCAAGAUGUACUGUAUUUUGGAUUUAUGAGAAUAAAAAAUAUUUUAAAUCAA